AUGGAUUACAUUAAUGUAUUAUUGUCGUUUUUAACCACACAUAUAAUAUCUGCAAGUCAAUCUAACAAUAAUAUUGUUGCUCAAUAUAAAUUAAUGGAACAAUUUUUAACGGUCAAAAAUCUAGACACUGCUCUUUUGUACACAUGUUGGUCACCGUCAGAUCAAAUAAAACAUAUGAAAAAAUUCAAUGAAAAAAAAAUUAUGGUUACAUAUCGCAAUAAAGCAGAUUUUUAUGGAAAUUUCAGUCGGGAUGAUUUGUUCACAAUAACAGUGUACUCUCCUUUGCUAGGAAUAAUCGUCGAUUGGUCAUGUAAUGAUGACCUAUUAUUCAAGUUUUCAGAAAGUUGGUUAUGGAACUCAAGUUAUCAGUGGCUCAUGGUGAUGAGCAAAAUAUCAAAUGAUAACAUUAUUAACAUUCAAAGUUUUUUAACAUCGAAAAAUAUUAACCUCACUAUCAACAGUGAAAUUUUAUUAGCAUAUCCUAAUGUGAUGGAUGGCACUAUUAUUAAUUGGCGUAUUUUUGACAUUUAUCGUACUGCUUUUGAACCAAGAGGAAAACUAAUGAUUGAUGUUGUAAAUAAAACUUUUGGUAUGUGGGGAAACCGAUUAUGGAAAUUUGAUAAAAGAUCAAAUUUAGAAAAUGUAACAUUAAAUGUUGUUACUGUAAGCAACCCAUACGGUGCCUUGGCUAAGAAAAAUGGCACGGACAUUAAACCAUCUAGUGAGGAACUGAUCAAAUAUUUAAUGACGUUUAAUUUGGAUCGCUUGAACUCCGUGCAAAAAUUUAGCUAUGCCAUAAUGUAUCCGUUGACGAGAAUUUUAUUAAACAUGUCAUUAAAAAUUGAAACGACAAAUUCAUGGGGUUACAAAGUUAAUAACAAAUGGGACGGAAUAGUCGGAAUGUUAAUAUCCGGAGAAGCUGAUUUUUCUUUAAGUAUAAAUGCGUUGAGGUCUGAAAGAUAUGAUGUCGUCGAUUACUCGGCUAUUUCCUCUUGGAAACACUCACCUUGUUUCAUUUUCCGUCAUCCACGAACGUCCAUGGCGUCAACGAACAUAUUUUUGCGUCCGUUCGAAACAACUGUUUGGCUAUCAAUAAUAUGUGUAAUCAUAUUGUCUGGAUUUGUUAAUUAUACAAUCAUGCAUUAUGAAUCGAAUCAAACGUUCUCGUUGAGAGAGUUAAGCGAUAUCGUCCUACUAAAAAUCGGCACGUUGUGUCAACAAGGCACAGUCAUGGAACCUACAAAACUCAGCAAUAGGCUGAUUGUACUUUUAAUGUUCGUGUUCAGUUUGGUUAUAUAUCAGUUUUAUUCAUCGAGUAUUGUCUCCGGAUUAUUGCGCCCCACCGUAAUUAAUAUCGAUUCGGUUCAAAAACUUGAAGAAAGCGGAUUAGACGUCGGCGUUGAAGAUUUCAACAUUAUUACUAAAUUGAUUGAAGUAUACGGGGAAAUCAAUCCGUUUUUUAAAAAAAUUAUCGACAAAAAAAUUAAACCGAAAUCAGAGUAUCUAUUGGCUAAAGAUGGAGUACAAAAAAUUAAAAAAGGUCACUACGCAUUUUUAACCGAUCCGGCGACUAGUUAUUGGCUAAUAAACGAUAUUUUCACCGAGAAGGAAAAAUGCGAUUUAUCGGAAUUGCCACUCCACAGGCCGGAAACCACAGGCUACUUGGUUCAGAAAAAAUCUCCGUACAGAAAAUUAAUCAACUAUGCAAAUUCUAUUCUAUGGGAAACUGGUCUAAUGCAAAGAGAACUCAGUAUAUGGCAUGCUAAAAAACCUAAAUGCACCGCUGGGAAAACUACAACUGAAGAAUCUUUAGUUAGCGUAGAAAUCAAAGACGUAGUAUCACUCAUAGCUUUUCUGGUCAUUGGAUUUAUUAGUUCUCUCACUAUUUUAAUAUUGGAAAUAAUUUUACAUCACUAUAAAACAAAUACUGAUAGAAUUACGCAGAGACGUCACACUUCUUUGUAG